UAGACAAGUGGAGACGUUAACUUAGAUUUGUCUGUCUUUCCGUUAUUGUUACAGACAUUUUUAAUUGCAUGGUAAAAUCGUUUACAUAGUUCUUCAUUAUUUAAAACGUUUUCUGUGCUAAUAACAAACAUUGAGGAGUAAAAAUGGAAUGUUGUCAAUUGCCCGAUCAUUUCACCCUUUAUUUCCAUAGUAAAAAUACUUUCAGGGUGCAACAUGGCGCUUAGCAGGAUUCGAGGCAGCUUCGGAAUACUGCUUCACUAUGUUCCUGUUAAAGGAAUACUUCGUGGCCACAUACAAACUGACUGCAUGGCAUGCCGAGAAGGAGCAAAAAGGCACCUGCUGUCAGAAGAUGUGGUCAAGCUACAAGAAUUCCAGAGGCGGAAAUUGGCAGUUGCUCAUCAAGUGUCUGGAUCAAAAAGUGAUUUUUUUGAGGCAUUCAAUCAGAAGUUAAAGAAGAAUGAGCUGAUAUUGAAGGAUGAGUUAAAGCUGCUUCUUCACCUUUGCCAAUCUGCUGAGGACAUGGCCACAGCCAGAUGUGCAAUCUCCAGGUAUGGAAGGUACCAUGAGGAGAACAGUAAUUCAGCGUUUGGUGAGUUUAAGUUUGGUCCUCUGUUCAUGAGGCUCUGCUUUGAGCUGGGGCAGGAAGAGAUGGCUGCUGCUACACUUACAGACAAGAAUUUGAGAGGCUUUUUCUGUGACUCAACCUCUUUCAAUAUUGCCAUCGACAUGUUAUUUAAAAAAGGGUUAUAUCAGAGUGCUCUGGAUGUACUAAGAGACAUGAAGAACCAAGGUGUGACAUUAAACAAGGACACAUUCACGUUAGCAGCUGGAACCUGCUAUAAACUGAAUACCCCGGAGUCCUUUAGAAUUUGUACUGCCCUUUUGGAGGAGGCACAGACCAAAGGACACCUGUUGCCCAGACAUGCCUACUCUUUCACAGUAGCUCUCGCACUUAGACAGAAUAAUGUCCCAAAAGCAAAAUCAUUUUUCAGCCUGAUUAUGAGUACUGAAAGCAGAAUAUGUCAGAAUCUCAAAGUACUGAUACUGGCCAUGGAAGGAGCUAUGAACGAAUGCCUGGAUGUCCUGACCUUUGCCAUAUGCUCCAACAGCCCUGCUUUUAUAAAGAAACCUGAAUUUGCACAGGAAGUGGUGGACCUGGUGCGAAUGCGGAGCAAGGAUGGUCCUCUGAUGGCAAGUGUGGAGCAGGUGUUGUCCUGCCUCCAACAAUCCGGUCAGGUGACCCAAGAGAGCCUGGACCAGAUGUUGUGUCACACUCCCAGCGGGAGGAAGAGGAUGUCCACAGGGAUAAUGGAAGAGAGAAGGAUCAGCCGGAGAACUCUGAGACCCCUCCGGGCCACUCUGUUAUCAGAGUGAAUGGGACCCGGUGGAUUCCUCAGUGUGUGUUUUAGGGCUCAGUUUGAGCAAGGUGUGUGGGAUAUUGGAAAUCUGGAUUUGGUGACGAGUAGUUAUUUGGGAGGGGAGUUCUAGAUGAGUGUGCAGUCCGAGUGCCAUCUUAAAACAUCCUAAUCACAGCCUCCCUUGUACCAGUCCCUCAUCUCAUCUCACAACAGGCAAACAGGACUGAAUGGAGACAGUGUUUGAAAUGUGAUCUUUCUCUAACCCCCUUUUUCCACCAUUUAUGGUUCGAGAACUGAAACAGCCAUUCAUUGUUCAGAUGCAUAUUUCCACAGCAUUGCUGGGUGUUGUGCUUCUAAAUGUUAACAAGGUAUGAAAAUAUUGGCGGUGAAUUAUAAAUUAAAACAAUUAGAAAUCACUGAAAAAUGUGUGGCGUGGAGAAAAGGUAAAUGUUGAUUUGUAUCCUUUACGUUUUCUUCGUAUAUCUCAUAAAAAAUGUU